UCUGUUUCACCCGCCACAAACAAGCAAGUAGUUGGGUCGAGUUUUGGUACUUUUAAUAUGCAGUUUUGGUGUGUAAUGAGGUAAUAAGCAUAUGUUUUGCGUAUAGAGUGCCGAGUAAACAUGACAGCAGUAAUUCACGAGUUGCUGUCCUCCGUUAUGGGGGUUUUAGUAGAAAGUGUCGUGUCGGAGUUGAGCAAACAUCUCUCUGACUUCACGACUGUAUUAUCCGAAGAGUGGAAGCGCAACAAGGGGACAGCAGCGAACAAAAACAGACUUAAACAGGCCAGCCAAGCCAAAUCUAAGGAGUUUGCUGCAUUCAUGGAGCUGUUGAGUAAAGCCACGGUAGAGACGAUGGUGAAACUGAUCCACGAUCGCAUCUCAGCUCAAGUACUGAAAGUUACAGCAAAGUCUCAACUCUCACAGGAAGACAAGCUAGAUGAGGGUCAAGCAGCCACAUCUGAGCCUGAAAACGGUGUGCUUCUUGAGCCUGGACAGAAUAAAGACUAUGAAAUGGGAUUAGAACAUCAUGAAAACUCUGGACCAGCAGCAAACAAUCAGUACCAACAACUCUCAUCCGCACCCACAGACAUUCUGGCAAGCGCUUUAGUUUUGAGUGAAAGCCAGCCUUCCACAAGCACAAAUGGAGCUGCAGAGGGGAGACGGGAACCUUUUGUUUGCGAGUCCUGUGGAGUGUCUUUUAGUGAUGGAGCUCUCUUGAACAUUCACAAUGCUUUACACAAAGAAAGACCUUUCAAUUGUUUGAUAUGUGGGAAUACUUUCAAAAUGAUGAAGUGCUUGAUGAAACACCAGAGAUUUCACACUGCUCCAAAUAUGAGUAUUGAGUUCGAAGGCCCACUGCAUGAGGAAGAAUUCAUUGUGCAGCUGGAAACCUGUGACAGUACAUCACUGGAAACACUAGAGGUCACCACUCAAGAUAUUCUCCAAAAUAACCUGGAUACCGAAGACGUGUCUUGCGCUGUCUUGGAAAGCAGUCAGUAUGCUGCUGCAUCACUCGUACAAACUUUAAACAUUUCUAUAGAGAACACAGAUGACGGACAAUCCAACGCCACACAUGACAUGAACAUGAUAAAGCAAUCCAAUGAUGGUUUGUUCCGCUGCAAAACAUGCGGGAAGUGUUUCGAGCUGAGGUGGAAGUUCAUUAAUCACGUUCGGGCUCACGUUAAACAUUACAAAUGCUCCCACUGCGAUAAACGCUUUACCAUGAGAAGCUGCCUCAUCAGACACGCAGCGACGCACACUGGAGCUCAGCUCUUCAAAUGUGACAUAUGCUCCAAAUCUUUUGUAUUUCAGGCCUCCCUAGAAAAGCACAAGCAUCUUCACACUGCAGAAAAGACUGUUACAUGCCCAAACUGCCAGAAGGUUUUUCCAGGCACACGUUCGUUUGGUAGACACCGAUGCAGAGCAGUCGAAACGCUCUACAACUGUCCCGUCUGUGACAAACAGUUCAAAAUCAAACAGAACAUGCUAGAUCACCAAACGCUGCACACCGGAGAAAAGCCCUAUUGCUGCGAGAUUUGUGGUGAGUUUUACAGCUGCGAAAGAUAUCUGAAAAAUCACCAGAAGAGUCACAUCGAGAAAACCUACGAGUUUUCCUGUGAAAUUUGCGAGAAGAGGUUUAGCGCUCGCAAACACCUGCAGGCGCAUAUGCUUGUGCACACAAGGGAAAAGCGAUACACGUGUGACGUAUGCGACAAGAAGUUCGCAACCUCUGGAAAUCUCAACAGACACAAAGCCGGUCACACAGGAGUGAAACUUUACGGUUGUCCGAUAUGCUUAAAGAGGUACACGACUGCAUACGCCCUAAAGAUGCACACACACAAACAUACUUCAAGCAAACCGUUCCUUUGCGACGUUUGCGGUAAGGGAUUCACCAGUUCGGACUACAUGAAAAGGCACAAGAGAAUCAUUCACGCUGGCAGGAGGGAUUGCGUGUGUUCCAUCUGUAACAAGGCCUUCAUAUUCCCCAGUUCUCUUAAUCAGCACAUGCUUGUACAUACAGGAGAGAAGCAUCAUGAAAGACUGGUCAGUCCUCUGCUGAAGAAGUUCGCUUGCGAUCAUUGUCAAAAGAAGUUCUACUCACAAGCCGCACUUACGGUACACCAAAGGGUUCACACUAAAGAAAAGCCGUAUAGUUGUGAGAUUUGCGGAAAGAGGUUUGGGUAUUCCAGCAGUAUUCAGAUGCAUAUGAGAAUACAUACUGGAGAGAGACCUUUCGGCUGUGAUGUUUGUGGUAAGACGUUCAAUCAAGCUGUUCAUCUGAGGACUCAUCAGCGAGUGCACACCGGUCUCAAGUCUUUUAGCUGUGAGAGCUGCGGGAAGAAGUUUGUGGACCAUAGAAAUCUCAAGCAACAUAAAUGUAAAUACACCAUGUAAAAAUUAAGGUUACACUGAAUUAUUGGGGUAGUUCAGCCCAAAUAUUUUAUUUGCUUUUAAUUUAUUCACCCAUCCAAGAUGUAGGUGACUUUUUUUCAGGAGAUUACUGAAGAUUUUGAACUGAAACUUGGUUCUUGGUCAGUUAUAACAUGCAAGUAAAAAACAACCAAAGGCAAAUGCAAAUUAUUAUCUGUGGCUCCUGAUGAUACGUUGAGGUCUUAUGAAGAGAACUGAUUGAUCUGUGUAAGAAAAUUAACGUUACAGCAUUGUCGUUAUCCACAGCUUCUGCAAAUGCAAGCUUCCUGUCGCAUAAUGACUUGAACAACUCAGAUUUGAGUUUGCUGAGGUUGAUUUAAAUAAGGUUUAGUUUUUACACAGACUUGAUUUUUCUGUUCAUAAAACUUUAAUCAGUGUUUUAUUUUGUUCUACUGAAGAAAGAAACGUACAUGUUAAAUGGCCUGAGUCGGUACAAAUCAACAGAACAAUUUUUAUUUUAAUGGAGUUACUGUUGAACAUUGCAUCUCGUUUUCAAUACUGUUUGAAACGGUAAUGCAUAGCCUUAUGUUAAUAAUUGAUGAUCUGCAGUCAUAAUUGGCAAGUUGAUUGGAUAAGGUUUUGUAUAGUUCUGUAUUUUAUUGUUUGGAAAUAUUAUAUUUAUAUCAAACCUGGACUGGCAAUCAAUGCUUGUGCGUAACUGCAAUAAAAAACAACAUGAGGAACCAC